AUGUUCCGUAACUCGAACGGCUUUUCUAUGAUUGAUUACUGGACAUAUUUUAAGCUUCUGAAACUGGUGAAACUUCUAGAAUUUAUGCUAGCCAACCGGUCACCAACAGAUAGAAGUGGAUGGGGCCGAAUGCUGACGCGACAAGUGUUCGUGAUAGCGUGGGCGGUGGCGAUGUACGCGAUAUCGCACGCGAAUCGCGAUGCGAAUCGUCUUUUCGAGGAUCUACUGGCCGACUACAACAAACUCGUCCGACCGGUCGACAACAAUAGCGACACGCUUGUCGUCCGUUUCAAAUUGAAACUUAGCCAAUUGCUCGAUGUGCAUGAAAAGAAUCAAAUCAUGACGACGAACGUUUGGCUGCAACAUAGUUGGACAGACUACAAAUUACGGUGGAAUCCCGACGAUUACGGUGGUGUUGAUGUCCUCUAUGUGCCUUCUGAUACGAUAUGGCUGCCGGAUAUUGUUUUAUACAACAACGCCGAUGGUAAUUACCAAGUGACUAUUAUGACCAAGGCUAAACUUUCCUAUAAUGGAACUGUCGAAUGGGCUCCUCCAGCUAUUUAUAAGAGCAUGUGUCAAAUAGAUGUCGAGUUCUUUCCUUUCGACCGGCAACAAUGCGAGAUGAAGUUUGGCUCUUGGACGUAUGGUGGCCUCGAGGUAGAUUUGAUUCAUAAGGACGAACAUCUCCAAGAAGAGAUGAUUGAGAUUGUUGAAGGAGUCGACGGGCCAAUGGAAGAGUCUGUCUGGAUAGUCGACGAAGGUAUUGACUUGAGCGACUACUAUCCCAGCGUUGAGUGGGAUAUUCUGAAAGUGCCGGGCAAGCGACACUCUAAACGGUAUCCUUGUUGCGAAAGCCCCUUCAUAGACAUUACCUAUGAAAUCCAUCUCCGACGAAAAACGCUCUUCUACACUGUUAACUUGAUAUUUCCCUCAGUAGGUAUAAGUUUUCUCACAGCCCUCGUCUUUUACUUGCCAUCAGACGGUGGCGAAAAGAUAUCACUAUGUAUAUCUAUCCUCAUUUCUCUCACUGUAUUCUUUUUGUUGUUGGUUGAGAUCAUUCCAUCGACUUCUCUUGUCAUACCAUUGAUAGGCAAAUACCUUCUCUUCACCAUGGUGCUGGUCACACUCAGCGUCGUUGUCACUGUCGUUACGCUGAACGUCCAUUAUCGAUCGCCAACCACGCACAACAUGCCAGAGUGCGUACGACACUUUUUCAUAGAAGUGCUUCCUAAGUACUUGCUAAUGAAGAGGCCCCCACAGCCUGGAAACAAGCAAAAGAAAAACUCCCGAACAACAUUUGGCACUCCACAAGGGAACGGUCAAUUUGCCAGCACUUUGGCAGACCAAAACCUUGACCUUUUGACACCAACUUUCCGAACGUCAUUUGCGACUGGGUCUGCCGAAGAAGCUUCAUAUUCAUCAUUCCAAAGGGAAGUUUCACCUGUUCGUUCGGCAGUCGAAAGCGUUGCAUACAUAGCAGAUCAUUUGAAAAAUGAAGAAGAUGACAAACAGGUGAUAGAAGAUUGGAAAUAUAUAUCAGUGGUGAUGGAUCGAGUGUUCUUGUUAUUGUUCACUUGCGCUUGCGCCCUUGGAACAAUUCUGAUUAUUGCUCGAGCGCCGUCGAUCUACGACACAACGCCACCUUUGGCAUAGGCUAAGCUUGCUCGCGGUUCGGAAUGGCGCAAAUUUGAAGAACAUCGGCGCAUAGUGCCAUACUCUGAGUUUUGCCUUUCACAAGUUCUAUUCCGCUAGGGUCGUCGUCUACGGGUUUUUCUAUUCUCUGCCAUUUCCUCGCUGUUUUCUCGGAGUCAGAACCGACCGCACGUAACGCUGAAGCUUUCAGCAUCAUUGAUUUCCAUUCUGUCUACCUGCUAAGCCAUCAACUCGAUACAUUUUGUGCCGGUGAAUUCUCUCUUUUUUUCAAAUUAUCAAGCCAGCAAACAAUCCUGAACAAUAAAAUUUACACUGCCACCUACCGUUGCCUUAAUAUCUACCGUCUUUAUCCUCGAUCACGCUUUUCUUGUAUUUUUGUUGCUCAACAUACUCAUCUUUCAGUGAACCUAAAAUAACGCAAAUCCACCAAAAAUUAUAGAUAAAUAGGAAUCUAUUUGCUUUGGACAAGGUAUCUAUUUUCUAUCAAUGAUUAUUUUGUUUCUGAUAGGUUUGUAACUAGUUAGGUGUAGAUUUAUCAUAUCGUCGUGUGGUCGAAGAAUUCCACUCCAUCCACCGGCUUUUUUGUUUUAUGUUUGUACAAAG